AUGAAUAGACAAUCACAUAAACAAGAAUCAUUUAAUUUAGGCGACCCAUUGCCGCUCACGUACUUGCCAACAAACCAAACCAAAUCUAAACCAAACAGAUUCACAUCGUUGAAUGACCUAUCACAAGGGCCAACAGCUUCAUCUUCACAUCGUACUUUCUCAAUGCCUAAGAAUGCGAACAACGAGUCCAAUUUUCGAAUAUUUAACCGUACUCCAAGUAUAAGAAGAACCAAUCAAAAUUCUAUUGAAGAACGAAUAAAAAUCAAGUUGACACAAUUGAAUCAAGAAUUGGACGAGGUUGCUCAUGAAACAACUGAUUUCGAAUUGAUUGACAUUAAACUUGAUGAAAUAUUAGAUUUGAUUGGUGAUCUCAAGAGUCAAAAGGGACAAACUGUAAACAUACAACAUGAUAAUAAUGAUACACAAGUGGAUGAACUUCUCAAAGAGUUGGAGAGCGCCAAAGCUAAAGCUAACCUUCAAAACUCGAAAAUAAACACAGCAUCGACUCGGCUUACCACCAAUGUUUACAAGUCUCGAUAUUGGAUCUUGGUGACUGUUUUCAUAAUUGCCCUAUUUUUCACUAGUUCAGUAUUUGCUGCCGAUUUCAAAUACCGAUAUUGUUAUUACUUUUGUUGA